AUGAGCGGCGUCAAUGGCCACGCAGACUCCGCCUCCUACCGCGCCUCGGGCUUCAACAACCGCAUCGGCUGGGGCAGUCGCCCCGCCUUACUACUCAUCGACGUCUGCAAAGCCUACUGGACACCCGGAUCUCCGCUCGACACUUCCUCCAACCCAGCCUCGGCCGCUUCCCUGGACGUGAUGCGGCGCCUCCUCACGGCAGCCCGAAAAUCUCAGAUCCCCAUCUUUUGGACUCAAGUCGCCUACCGGAAAGGCAUGAAGGACGCCGGUCUCUUCUACGCGAAGGCCAAAGCGCUGAGUGUAUGGGAGGACGGCAAUGACCGCGGCCUCGACGCGCUGGUGGAGGGUCUGGAGCCGACUGAGGGAGAGGAAGUUGUGAUCAAACGGCACCCGUCUGCUUUCUUCGGGACGGAACUGCUUUGUACCCUGAAUCUGCUCAAUGUCGAUACGCUGGUUAUCUGCGGUGUCAGUACGUCCGGAUGCGUAAGGGCUUCCACGCUGGAUGCCAUGUGUUACAACUACCGGCCGAUGGUGGUGGGUAGUGCUUGCGGUGAUCGCAGUCCUGCGAUCCACGAUGCGAACUUGUUCGACAUGGAUGCGAAGAUGGCGGAUGUGGUUAGCGAGGAGGAAGCGAUUGAGCAUCUGAGCAGGCCGUGGGUUGCUAGCUCGUAG